CUUUAGGAUAUUCGAAAAAGGAAGAUAUUAAUACUCAACAAAGUCAUAGAAGCUACUAUUUGCCAUCAAGAUGUACAAAACAAGACAAAGAAGUGAAAGAAGAAAAGAACAACCAAAGAAAAAAACUACCUUUAAGGCAGGUUGCAAACAUAAAAUCGAGAUGAUACCUAGACUGGAUGUGGGUCUAUUUCUCAGUGUUUCAUUCUCAAUAACUGAAGUUCCAGUAUGUAUAAAGGGGACGAACUUCCUAGCUUCUGGAAAGAUCUUGAUUGUUUUCAACACUCCUUCAGAGUGUUCCAAGAAGGUAGAUGUCACCAGACUUCAAGAUCAGCUGUAUAUGGAAUUCUACAUUCCCCUAGGUAUAACUCAAACAUCAACCUUAAUCAUAGGACUGGCUUCCAGAAUUUCCUCUAUUCCUUUAGAUGUACCAGAGACAGAAGCCUUCAUCUCAUGGAUAAUUUCUAUGAUCUCCAAAAUUCCAUCAGAUUUAAAAACACCAGCAGCCUUUGUUUUAGGGAGAGUGUUCUUCAAGUAUGUUGCUCCCAAAGAACCCGAGGAAGCAAAUGAGCCAGAAUCCAAACCAGAACCAAAAGAAGAAUCUGACGGUGAAGAAAUGGAUCCAUUUUGCAGGUUGAACAUGUUACUGCACAAAGUUCCUGCAUGUUUACGGGUUGACCCGUUUUUGAUUAAAGGUUUAGAUGGCCAGCACUUCCUAGUCUCAGCCGCUGAUUAUUAA